AUGACUUUAGCUAGCCAUUUUACACUGAGUAAGACACAAAGUCCCAAGACUGAAUCUGAAUUCAUUAAGAUGGAAAAAAUACCUUAUGCCAAUGUGAUAGGAUCAAUCAUGUACGCCAUGAUUAGCACCAGACCUGACCCAUCUUAUUCCAUUUCACUUCUUAGCCGUUUUAUGUCCAAUCCAAGUAUAGAACACUGGUUAGCAUUGAAAUGGUUAAUGAAAUAUAUUAAUAGUACAAUAUAUGUUGGGUUGGAAUAUAAGAAAAGAGGAAACUCGCUUGAUCUUGUGGGAUAUGUAAACUCUGAUUUUGCAGGAGACAUGGACACAAGGAAGUCUACCACCUCAUACUACUUCACAUUGGGAGGAAAUUGCAUAAGCUGGAAGUCCCAGCUUCAACCCAUUGUUGCUCUCUCUUCCAUUGAAGCAGAAUGCAUUGCUAUAGCAGAUGUCUUCAAAGAAGGAUUAUGGCUUAAGGGGAUUCUAUCUGAGGUGGAGUUGAUUGAUGAGAAGACAGCAGUGUUUUCGGACAGCCAAAGUGCAAUUCACUUGAGUAGAAAUCCAGUAUACCACGAAAGGACGAAGUACAUGGAUGUUAGAUAUCAUUUCGUGAGGGAUUUAGCAGCUAAAGGAAUCAUAGACAUGAAGAAGAUAUCAACUGAGGACAAUCCAGCUGACAUGGGCACAAAGGUAGUAGUUGUUACAAAGUUCAAACAUCGUUUGAACUUGCUGUUUAUAAAAUAA